GGCUUCUAGUGGGCGACAUGCGGCUGGGCUGGGCUCCGGCCUCUCACACAUCAUCCGUCCACAGUGCGGUGUGGAGGAGAAGGAUUUGAACGAGGUCGCCUGCUCUGGAGUGACAGGCUUUGCAACUCCCGAGGAACUUUCAGGCCUCAAGGCGGACGUCGCUAGGAAACGGCCGUGAGCUGCCGCUCUAGGAGUUCCCUUUCCCCCAUACUCACUAUCUCUGGGAGGAGGAGCGGCGGGGCUCUAUCCGCGCCUGCGCAAUCCCCAAAUGCUGCAGGUGGGUAAAAAUAAAAAAUUUGAAGCUCGGGAGCUCCGCCCCUUUUGACGCCCGGCGUCUCCCUCGCUCCCUUCCUUCCCUUCCGCGCCUGCGCGUCGGGCGUGGCUUCGGGCGCCCCUUUCCCUCCCGCUCCGGCCUGGGCCGCCAUUUUGGCGCUGCGCUCUGGCGGACGGAGGAGCCGAGAGCGGCUGAGGCGAGCUUGGCGGGCAGGGCCUUGAAAGAGCCGGCCGCUCCUCCCGAGGGGCGAAGGGCGAGCGGGAUGCGCCGCUUGAGCUGAGCAGGAGGAGCAGGAGGCCCGCCUCAGCCUCGCCCCUGCGCCCGCCUUCGCUUCCCCCGGGCCCCGCGGCCUGCCUGCCUGCCUGCCUGCCUUCCUCCUUCCUUCCCUCCCUCGCCAUGUCUUCGUCGUCCUCGUCGGUGGCGGUGGCGGCGCGCUUCGACCCGUCGGACCGCUCGUCGUGGUACGCGGGCCCGCUGUCCCGGCAGGAGGCCCAGGGGCGCCUGCAGGGCCAGCGCCACGGGACCUUCCUGGUGCGGGACUCGGCCACCUGCCCCGGCGACUACGUCCUGUCCGUCUCGGAGAACUCGCGCGUCUCGCACUACAUCAUCAACUCGCUGCCCGGGAGGCGCUUCAAGAUCGGCGACCAGGAGUUCGAGCACCUGCCGGCCCUCCUCGACUUUUACAAGAUCCACUACCUGGACACCACCACCCUCAUCGAGCCCGCGCCCAGGUCAGGAAGGAGGCACGGAGGCUCCUCGCAUGCAUACACGCCCCACAGCCAGCCAGCCACUGGCAUCCCGAGCGAGCGGCGGGAGCUCUCGUGAAGCCCCGCCAGGUGCCAGGACUAAGUGGCCCGUGAUGGCCUUGACCUUUGGGGUGCUUCCUCUCCCGCUGCAGGAAGCCCACCAUGUCACCACCCCUGGGAACAGGACCACAGGAAUUCUCACUGUCAGGCUGCUCUUUUAAUGGGGGGGGGGUGGAAGCGAGCACCAACACUUCUCCUUGUGCCACAGUAUGGGGCUAGCCCAGGGCUACUGCAGCUCCUGAGUCUGUAAGAGGUCACAGGGUGGCCUUGGGGAAUCUGUAUAUGUGUGUGUGCAAAAAGACCCAUGGAGCCACCUCUGAUAGGCGCAUAUGUCUUCAUCUUCUCAUGCUGCUGAGAUGCGGCAGGUGUUUUCCCAGAUGUUCCUACUCCAUGUGAGGGCUGUUGUAGCCCUUAAUCUCGUACUGGAUGUGGGCAUCCCAAAUUGAUGGGUAUGGCUGUCAACUUACUUUCCUCUCUACUUGUGAGAAGAGGAAACACAUGCGGUUGCCUUGUGCAUGUGUCACAGUUCACACUUGGAUAUUCUGAAAACCAAGUUAAACCUUGAAGUUACAAGUAAAGAAAUAAAAAUAUUUUUUUCACCCUCCUUUGUCAUCAAACCUGCCCCCCCCUACACAUAUCAAUGCCCAUUGCUUUCCUUGCCCACCAUUGCCCUGGUCACAUCAGGAAGUGCAGCUGCAGUGUGCUACUCCUGUCUUCAGUCAUUAUGCAUUUCACAGCUUCCCCUCACUUUAACUAGGUUGUAGGUAGCCAUGCCCCUCUUCACAAUCUGUAAACUAUUCUGAUUCGAUUUUGGAGCCCACGAUUGGUUGCUGGAAAUCUUAAGCAUUUGGAAUCUGUUUCCUUGAUUUGGGUAACAGCACCUCAUCGUAACGUAUGAAAUUUCUUCUCGCUUCUGCUUGUCUCUCCAAAUAGGGAGAUGACAAGUUCUCACCUAUGUGCCACACCUAUGUGUGAGAACACCUAUGUGUUCUCACCUAUGAGAGCCAAUGUGGUGUAGUGGUUAAGAGCGGUAGUCACGUAAUCUGGGGAACCGGGUUCGCGUCUCCGCUCCUCCACAUGCAGCUGCUGGGUGACCUUGGGCCAGUCACGCUUCUCUGAAGUCUCUCAGCCCCACUCACCUCACAGAGUGUUUGUUGGGGAGGAAGGGAAAGGAGAAUGUUAGCCGCUUUGAGACUCCUGAAGGGGAGUGAAAGGCAGGAUAUCAAAUCCAAACUCUUCUUCUUCUUCUUCUUCUUCUUCUUCUUCUUCUUCUCAGAAGAUGUAACAUGAGGUGGCUUAGUGGUCAGGUAAGGAAGAAGCCAACCAGCAGGAUAGGACAACUUCUGGAUUUGGGAAGACAAUUGGUUGAAUGACGUAGACAUGGGUGCUUCAAAACCAAACAUUCUGUAUUUUAUGAAAGUAGCUGUUCCCUAAAGCUGUGUUACACUUCUAAAUAGCUGUUCUGUUGGUAGAAAAUGGCGCAGCUGAGCACUGCCCUGCCACUUCUCCUGAGAUUAUUGUUUCCAUCCGUCCCGUCCCGUCCCCCCCCAGCAAAAAAAAAUGGACACUGAGCUCUAGCCUCUCCUGCUUCAGUAGUAGUUGCUACUGUGUUCAGCAGGGCCAGUGAAUGUGACUCACGUACAUUCCCCCCCCCCAGGGGGGCUUCUAUUGAGUAUGACAUACACUAGCCAUAAAGAACUCCCUCAAACAUUUCAACCCUAAUUUAAGAGAUCUGUUAUCUGCUACUAAUCCUCCUGUCUUCUUUAGGUAUCCAGCUGCACUGAUGGGAUCUGGAUCAGCCCCCAUCAUGACUACUGCAGAAGAUAACGUGGAAUAUGUCCGGACUCUUUAUGACUUUGCUGGAAACGAUGCAGAGGAUCUGCCAUUUAAAAAGGGGGAGAUCCUGGUCAUUGUAGAGAAGCCUGAAGAACAGUGGUGGAGUGCCAGAAACAAAGAUGGCCGUGUUGGGAUGAUUCCUGUUCCUUAUGUUGAGAAGCUUGUCAGAUCUUCCCCACACGGAAACAGGAACAGGAAUUCCAACAGCUACGGGAUUCCUGAGCCUGCCCAUGCUUAUGCUCAGCCUCAGACGGCCAGCCCUCUUCCCAACAUAGCCAAUACGCCUGGGGCAGUCAUCACUCCCCUCCCAUCCACACAGAAUGGACCAGUCUUUGCCAAAGCGAUUCAAAAGAGAGUUCCAUGUGCUUACGACAAGACUGCCUUGGCGCUAGAGGUAAGCUUUUCAGCUGGCUGGACGUGAGGCUUGGCUAUCCUGUCUAAAGGGAGUGUCUGCAGUCUUUCCGUUACGGGGGUUUUAAGCUAUUUUUGUAUUCGCGUACUUCUAUAGUUGCAUAUGGGCCUGUGACCAGGAGGGUGCCUGCUUUCCAUGUUGACUCUGGCAUCUGCAGAAUUCAGCUUCAGGAAUCUUGGCUAGCAGGUGCCAGGAAGGGUUCACAGGGCUGCUACCCUAGGUCAAACAUUGGAUUGACAGUGGGGAGAAAGCAGCCUCACACGUCAUUAUCAUCAUUAUCAUCGUUAGUAUUAUUAUUAUUAUAUCCUGCCCAUCUGGCUGGGUAACCCCAGCAACUCUGGGCAGCUCCCAACACAAUAUUAAAAACACGAUAAAACAUCAAACAUUAAAAACUUCCCUGAACAGGGCUGCCUAUAGAUGUAUUCUAAAAGUCAGAUAGUUGUUUAUUUCCUUGACAUCUGCUGGGAGGGCAUUCCACAGGGCGGGCACCACCACCGAGAAGGCCCUCUGCUUGGUACCCUGUAACUUCGCUUCUCACAGGGAGGGAACUGCCAGAAGGCCCCCGGAGCUGGACCUCUGUGUCCAGGCUGAACGAUGGGGGUGGAGACGCACCUUCAGGGCCGAGGCCGUUUCGGGCUUUAAAGGUCAGCAAACACUUUGAAUUGUGCUUGGAAACAUACUAGGAGCCAGUGAAGAUCCUUUAGGACCUGUGUUAUAUGGUUCCAGCAGCCACUUCUGGUCACCAGUCUAGCAGCUGUAUUCUGGAUUAGUUGUAGUUUCCGAGUCUGGUGUAGUGUCCUGGUUAAGUUCACUCCCUACAAAUCCUGGCCUAAAACAGAGCCAGCCACUUGGGUCACUUUAGUGAAAUGCAGUGAGAAACAGGCUGUUGGCUGCUCAUGAGGCUUGGUUGUUGCUGGUAUUUGUUAGGUAGGUUUAAAUGACAUCAUAUGCCCCAGGUCACUUGGAUGGGGCAAGAUAGUAAUCAUAUUUAGAUGUAAGGCAUUAAGCUGUGUAAAACUGGUACACUGAGGGUGCUUCUCCUGACUGCUGUGUGCACACCUUCCCUUAAGGACCUUAAAGCUUUUAAGACUGCUGUUUUCAGGUGGUUGUUGCUGCUGAGGCAGAGAUGGUCUGUUCCUGUACUUUUCAGGUAGUUUGUUGCAGAAAUCAGCCUUGGCUGCAGGUCUUCCCACCUCAUCUGCUGCUCAAUUUUGGACAGUGAAAUUCAUGUGUGUGCAUUCACAGGUGGGGUGUCUUAAAGGACCUUGUCUAGUCUAGCUCUCUGUUCCAUACAGGAAAUUCAGAACAAAUGCCCAGCCUCUGCUCAAAGCCUCCCAACCAGGUAGAGCUCAGCAUCACCGCCCCUCUCUGUCAUUGACUCCAUUUCUGAAUUACUCUUACUGUUAAGAAGUUCCUCAUCAUGUUCAACUGAAAUCCAGCUUCUGUGACUUAAAGUCCAUUAGAUCUCGUCCUUCCCUACAGCCUCACCAAGCUCAGGUUUCAGCAGUCCCUUCAGCCUUUCCUCAUAGGACUUGCUGGGCAUCCCCCUGACUAUCUUUACUGCCCUUCUGAAUCUCUUCCAGUUUCUUUUGGCAGCUGCCUUACACUGCAGCAGCCACAGAUGAGUUCUGACUAGUCCAGAAUCGAAGGAGAACUGUUAUUAGCCAGCCCAUAGUGAUAAACCUUAUUGCACGUAGCCUUUGCAAACUUCCCAUCAGUUCAUACCACAGACUAAUAGUUUACAUAAUAAAACGUACAUUGAUACCGUACAUUUAAAUAUGUUAUAAAUAAAAUCCAUAUCCACCAAAUUUACUGCACAUAAAACUUGGUUCAGUUCUUUAACAACGUUCAUAAAAAGGUGUGCAUGUAAUUUCUCGGCAUCUAGGCCAAGUAACAGUGCAAUAUAUAAGUAAUAGGAAAUUGGUAAAUAAUGGCAUUUCUUGAGGGGUUCUAAUCAGGUACAGUAAAAUAAUAAAUAGUGAGAUACCGUAUUUUUCGUUCUAUAGGACGCACAUUUCCCCCUCCAAAAAUUAAGGGGAAAUGUGUGUGCGUCCUAUAGAGCGAAUGCAGGCUGCACCGCUAAGCCCAAAGCCAGAACAGGAAGACGGAGCACUGCGGAGCGCUCUGUCUCGCUGCUCUAGCUUGGGGACGGCUGCGCGCAAACCUCUGCAGGGCAGCGGGGCGCUGUGCUCCAAAGGCUUCAGGGAUCUUUGAGGCUGGCGGUGGGGGAAAGCAGCGCUUCCCCCCACCGCCAGCCCCACAAGCUCUGGUGAAUGUACCUUGAACGCACCUUGUUUUGGAGGGGGAGAACAGGGAAAUUUUUUUUCCCCUUUUUCCCCCUCCUAUGGUCUGGUGCGUCCUAUGGUCCGGUGCGUCCAAUGGAGCGAAAAAUACGGUAUAUCCUCUGUAGACCUGCAUCCAAAGAGGCAUUAUUGCUCUGACUGGAGUAUGCAUUUUUAUUUCCCUUCAGGAUAUGUGAAUGGUAUUACAGUGGUACCUCAGGUUACAUACGCUUCAGGUUACAUAUGCUUCAGGUUACAGACUCCGCUAACCCAGAAAUAGUACCUCAGGUUAAGAACUUUGCUUCAGGAUGAGAACAGAAAUUGUGCUCCGGCGGCGUGGCGGCAGCAGGAGGCCCUAUUAGCUAAAGUGGUGCUUCAGAUUAAGAACAGUUUCAGGUUAAGAACGGACCUCCGGAACAAAUUAAUUACUUAACCCGAGGUACCACUGUACAUGGAAUCAAUGUUCUGCAAAGGCCUUACAUAACUAACUUGUUUUAAACUGUUUCUGAAUUUGUAUUUUUAAGUUCCUCUAACUUGCCCUGUAACCUUACAGUGAAGGACAGAUAAGAAAUCAAAAGAAUAAGAGUAGUUUAAUGUAUUGGUCACUUUCCACAAAGAGUCCCAAACUGACUGACAGAAAUAAGUAGGUUGCUGAGAUGUUUGCUUAAUGCUUUUGCGCUGACAGUAAAGAUGGUCAGCAGUUUUAUCUUACGCAAACAUCUUGGAAGAUAAAACUGUUGACCAUUUUUACCAGGGGUCGGUAAUGGGCUGGUUCACUCCAGUGGAGAUCCCUCCAUGGGCCGGAUCGCGCACGCAUGUUGGUGCGUGGGGCUGCGAUUUCCGGCGUCUGCGCAGACACGUUUUCUGGCAUCUGAGCAUGCACAGACGCGAUUUCCGGCGCCCCGGAAGCGAGUCGCCGCACUGCGCCGGUUUAGUGCAGCGUGUGGAUACUCACCAAGCGGGCGGCUCGUGGGCCGGUUAAACGACCCCCGUGGGCCGCUUGUGGCCCAUGGGCCUUAGGUUGCCUUCCCUUUAUCUUUACUGUCAGUGCAAAAUGUGAGCACAUCAAAUGGUCAGUGGCAGAUUUCAACUAUAAGAUUUUUGCAGUGAAGCAAUGAAACCUUUCACUUUAGUUACAACAGUGGCUUCUAAAGCUUCUCCUGGCUUUACUGCGAUUAUAUUGUGGGGAAAACAAUGAAACCUGUAAUCCUUUUAAGUAGAGCAAAAUAUGCCAGAUUGCAGCACCUCCAAGGAGUUCUUGACUUCUUCUCUCCAAUCUCAGAGUCACUUAAUGACUGUUUCCUGCCUGCCUUGUGGAGGAAACUGAGCCUGGACCUUUUGCAAGAGACUCAUUACUGGGUUUUGAAAUAGUUUAUUUUAUUUUCAUUUUAAACUUGCUAGCUAAGAGUUCAGAAUUGGCUCCUUUUUCUGUCCAUUUCAUUGAUUGUGCAGGUGCCUGUUUCUUCCUCCCUUGGUUUCCCACUCCAGCGCUUUCCUCUUGUCCCUCAUUUCCCUCCCCCCCCCCCCAAAAAAAUGUUUUACAAAUAAUGGAAAUAAGAUGAUAUUUUAAAUUAUGGUGGGGGAACUAUAGUGAACCCACCCUGCCCAGUGAGGCUGUACUGCAACUCUCAUCAUCCUUACCCUUUGCCAUGUUAAGUGGGGUGGGGGCUGAUGGGAGUUGGAGUCCCACAGCAGCUGGAGGCUGCCCACAGAUGCUGGCCAGCACUGUUAAACUCAACUUCUUUGGCACAUUUUCAUUUCAUGCCAUCCUUAUCUGUGAGUUCUUCAGAAAGUGUGUUGUUCCUCUUUAGCUGUGGCCGUUGUGGCCAUGGACUGUUAACAUCCCAAGUGUUUAAGUGGGUUGCUUAACUUAAAUGUGGAAAUACUUUGCUGUGGCUGAUAGCUGCUAAGCGAUGACUUCAGCCUUGUAAGGAUUUGGGGCUGGUAUUUCCUUGUUGGUGGUUUCCAUCUGCUUGUUGCUAAUUUCCGGGGUAAAACCUGCAAGGACAAAGGAGGAUUAAGUGACUUGGGGCAGAAUCUAGCCAGACCUUCUUGGCAAGGUCCACUGGAAUGAAUGGGGCAUAAGCAUUAGUUGUGGGGCUUGUGCUGACACUUGUGGCUUGAACAGUAACUUGGAACUUAGCUGCAGGCUUAGCAGUGAGUCAGAGGAAAUUAUGCGCCUGAGGUGCCUCAUUCUUUUUUUAUCCCUGUGUCUCUCAGCUCAAAGAAGGAGCGUGGCAGGCGUGAGUAAGCUUGUAGUGACUUGCCCGUUCCUAAGUCUCUAUAGUCUGCAUGGUCUGGGGCACGUGAUACAAGAUUUCCCUAAAAUACACCCAGACUUCCUCAUUUGGAUGGGACAACCCGCUUCCCAAAUGCCAGUGUCCCACCCCUUCCCCCCAGUUUCUGUCUUCCAAAUAGAGCCAGGCCUCUCUCCGCUGCUCCCCCACAAGUGAAAUGACAACCUGUUUUCUUGACAUUGAAAUAAUUCAUUAUGACUCUCUUUCCCAAACCUCACGGGACCCACCUUAUUUAAAUAUCUGAAAGGUCAAUCAGGCAGUUCCAAUGAAAGGAAAUUAUUAGUCUUUCAGCACAAAUACAUCUGACCAUAAUGCCAACAUGGUGCACAGCAGAGAAGCAGAGUUGUAAUAAUGCCAGUUUUGUGGAGGAGGAGGAUGCCUGGGGGCCACUUGGCCAUAGCUGGCCUUCUGCUGGCUCUGAGGUUCUCAACCUGUGAGGACGAAUCUUUCUGAUAUGGCUUUGGGCUUGCCACUCUGUUUUCCGCUUUGGGAGGAGGUGGACAGAAAGGAAGCAUCACAUGGGAGCUCUGAAGUCUCACAAAUGCAGCAGAGCCUCUCCUUGUGGCUCACUUUUGACAUCCAUGUUCUUAAGGUGGGCUUUGUCAGCUGCCCCAAGAAGCCCAAGGUCUGUCUGUCUUUUGACUUGAUUGUGUUGCUCACUACCUAGGACCAGGUACAUUUCUUUACAUAAGGGAGCAAGUAAAAAUGUGGACCUUCUACCAUCUCAUUCUUUUGUGUAUGCUUUGAGACCAUUCCUGCUGCAUCCUGAUAGUCACUGUUUAUUUAUUUAAAAUAUUUAUAGCUCAGCCCUCAUCUUCUAGCAAGCAGCAGCAAACCUUUAAGCGAGAGCAACGCCUGCUGCUGCUGUUGCCGCCACAACCUUUGAGCGGCUCUUGGGUGCUUGGUUGGGCCUUCUCUGUGGCAGCAUCUAAGCCAGGGGUAGGCAGCCUAAGGCCCAUGGGCCACAAGCGGCCCACGGGGGUCGUUUAACCGGCCCACGAGCCACCCCCGAAUCAAGCCGCCCACUCGGCGAGUCCCUGCCCACUGCGCUAAAGCAGCACAGCGCGAGGACUCACUUCCACAGUGCUGGAAAUCGCGUCUGCGCAGACGCCAAAAAUAACGUCUGUGUAGACACAGACGCCGGAAAUUGCGGGUGCGCGCGGGAUCUAGUCCACGGAGGGAUCUCCACCGGAGUCAACCGGCCCAGGCGAGGUAAACCUUGCCGACCCCUGAUCUAAGCUGUGGAAUUGCCUCCCCUUCUGUUAUGCCUCUACUUCCUUUGAUACAGGAGAUACCCACCUAUUCUUCGGAUUGUAAACUGUUUUAACUGAUUUUAAUACUUCAUUUUUGCUUUGUUGUAACCCACCCUGGGACCUGAUGGCAAAGAGCUCCAAUUAAUAAGAACAAGUUGUAAUAAUAAGUGGAGGUAGUGAUUAUCAAUGUUAUUUCCUACUGAAGUCUGCCCAUUGCUGCUUGUCAUGGAAAUUAUUAAACAUAUAUUUAGCCUACACUUUAAGGUGUCUGCCUUCCUAUCCCAAGGCAGAUUGCAAUGUGUCAGUUACUCUACAAUAUUAAAAUUCCAACAUUUAAAAAUAAACUGAUCAGUGAUAAAACCACCCAAAUGUAGAUCAGAAUAACAAAUUCUUCAGGGCUUUCCUGAAGGCUAAUGGAGGGGGGGGCACCUCAUUCCUUGAGGUGUGUGUUCCAGAAAUAUGGGAUGGGGGAACUUGUGGACUAGUGAGCCAGGUCUUGGUUGCUGAUUUCUACCUGGGUACAGGCUGUCCUUUAUCCUGCCCCUCUAUUGAAAUGGAAUUCCCAAGCACUGCCAGACUGCAUACUUGACCCUUUAUGGGGUCUGUAAUUAUGGCCUUAUGAUCCAAGUUGAAAGUUUGCAGAAGAUGCCAUCCAGGCAGAGGCUGCCUUGUCCUUCCCCACCUCCUGCCUAGUUCAGCUUCGCACCUCCUGCACACCAGGACACUUUCUGCUCUGGGAUCGAGUUUUAUUUUGUCUUAAGAAGUUCCUAGUAUUAUUAUGUGUCUUACUUUUGUCUGAUCUUUUUUAAUUAUUGCAAGCUACUCUGGGUGUGUAAAAAGUUAUAAAAUGAAGUAGCUCAGAGACUCCCAAGAGGAGCUUCUUUUCUUUCAGUUUUGGUCUUAAAUUAACUAUGUUAAUGACCCAAAUCAAAACCUUGUUAUACCAACCACUCAAUAUUCUCAGUGGAGAGGGUACAUUAAGUAGUAUGUUUAAACGCUGAAUGUGUAAGUUUUAUGUGCAGUCAGUGGAUAAAACAAACAGCAUUAGAUGUACUGCUGGAUAAGUGUUUAAUAGCUCUUGUAUUUGUUUAAAAAACAAUUUAAAAUUGUUAAAAUAAAAAUAAAGGGGAAAGCAUUCUGAAGGGCAAACAUUCUGAAAUGGCACCUACUGCUCCUGCCAGCCAUUAUAACCCUUCAACCCACUAAUACUUUUAGGUCAUCCAGAAAAACAAGCCCUCCUCUCAUCUUAUAAUUGCCCCAAUCUUCAUACAGAGUAAAAGAAAGAACUGGCAUUAUAGGAAACCGAUACAGGUUUUUUUGGGAUUGCAGCUGGGCCCGUUUAAACUCCUCCUUACUCAGCUUCGCUUGGCAAUUUGUGGGCAGCCACUGCAGGAAACAGGUGGGCUCUUGUUUUGGUCCAGCGUAGUUUUUCUCACUUGGAGUGUUGCUGUGGGAAGAAGGUGCUGCUUCUUAGUUGCUGUUAGUUUAAGAGUUGUAGGUUUUCACCUCUAUGAAAUGCCUCCUCAUGUCUUAGCGGAAGGACAAGGGACUUGUGCUAUUUUACCUUUCGUUAAUUUUACCCUUUCAAUGGUUUCUGGACCUUCCUUCCCCAAAGAAGAAACAGAACUGGGGCUUUUAGUGUCACUCAGAUCUCCUUUUCCUCAAAUGGCAUUGGGGUGUUUUUUCUUCCAAGCCUGGGGGCUGGGCUGGACUGGACUGGACUUGAGUGAGGGAGGAGGAACAGGCCAGUUUCCAUGGGCUGCUCUUUCCAGGGUGGCUUUUGUGACCACCAGCCACUGCCACCUUGUAGCAGGCCAUGAAUGGUGCUUUCUAAAGUUAAGCUUCAUUUUUCAGGUGUAGUUCCUGUACGUUGAAAUAAUUUGACUGUUUCCAGCCAUGUCUUAAGGUGUUUUUUUUCCCCUUUCAACUUUGCAGGUUGGUGACAUCGUGAAGGUCACAAGGAUGAAUAUCAAUGGUCAAUGGGAAGGUGAAGUUCAUGGUAGAAAAGGGCUCUUUCCUUUCACACACGUCAAAAUAAUUGACCCUCAGAAUCCUGAUGAAAACGAAUGAUUCCUGUUGGCCCAUUUCUCUGUUGCUGCUUCAUUUUCCUGGCUAUCAUGAGCAUCAUCGGAAGUGCAAUGAUGACUGUUAAUGGCGCCUUGUAAGCAUUGUCCAUUUUUUCCAGCUUGCUGCAAUUUGACAGCCCUGUAGUAUCUGUUUGGAAUGCAUACAGCUGAAGUUGCUUGUGGGCCCUCGUGUGGCAAUGACGUCGUCCAAAACUUAAAAGUAUCACCUGGAAGGAUUUUGGACCUUGAGCUCCAGAAGAUUGGUGAUGUCACCCAGGCAGAAGAACAGGGGGUGGAACUUCAGCUGACCUGGCCAAGGUUUCUGUCCAUGGGCAACAUUCUACUCAGGAGGAGAAUUCUAAGCAACUUUGUCCAGAACCUACGUAAUUUUAUUUUUCCUUCCAGGGCAGGGAACACUUGAUUUGAGAGGAAAUAAUCUAAGCAGUUAGAAUAAUAGUGUCUUUAGGCUAUAAUUGAUGCUUGUGUAUUAUUAGCAAGACAGUUCUGUGAGUUUGUCGUUGACCUAGAAACAAGUUUGGGAUGGCGGCAAAAUGUCAUUUUAAGGAAUUGCAUUGAGCAGGGUCUUCUAUUUAUAACCGUGACACAUAACUGGUCUGUUUUGCCAUACACUUGUCUAAAAUGUUGCUGUUUUGUUUGCAAAACCAUGGCAGUUUGUUUUUUUUAAGCUGAAUCUGACAGUCACUAGAUGCAAGAUUUUAAAAGAUAGUCUUUCACAAGCUUGGUUGAAAUUGGCACUUUCUGCCUCUUUUAAAAAGCAAAACCACCAACCUUUGAUAAUCUCCAAUGGGAAUAUAGACGUAAUGAAAAGUUUUUACCAUUUAAACCUUUUAACUCUCCUGUGCCCUUCUGUACAAAUGUCUCUGUUAGAUUCUAACUAUCAUAACGAGGAAUGGUAAAUGCAGAAACUUGAAUGUGGGUUUUGUCAUUUGAAGAACUGACUCUCUAGAUGAUGAUUUUUAAAAGUUUAGUUGGCACGUGUUGUCUCUUGAGGAUUUUGGACUUCUGAGGAGCCUCAUGUUCAACUCAGUAUUAAAGUGCCUUAAUUUGGGAUGAAAGUUGCUGAAGGGGAUGCCGUUUCAGCUUUAAGGUCUGCAGAGAAGCAGUUCAGUUCACUGAUCCUUAAAACCCUGUAGUGACUGUUGAUGGUCUGAAGAAGCACGAUUUUACUGCCAAACAUACUGUGAAUUAGGCUAGCCUUGAUACUCCCGGAAAGCAUUUUCCCACCUUAGGUGCUAAGACCCUCCGUGAUGGACAGCAGCACAGUUGUCCUAGAGAAUAGCCAGGCAGGUGCCCCUCUUGAUCUGUCUUGAGUUACGGUGGAGUAGUACUACUGAGCUUUGUGUUUAGGAAUAUUUAAGCUGCAAUAAAUGUCAGUCUGCCAUAAUAAGAUAAUCCUACUACAUAGAGGCCCUCACUCUCCCGAGCUGUCCUUAAAUGACAGCUUAUAGAUAUAGAUUGUGUGCAACUUCUGCCUUGAAAAGCUGCAGAAGCAGCACUUGUGUGUGCGUUUGUGCGUGUGUGUGCAUGAUGGGAUGCUUUUUAUUUACCCUACUCUCAGCAGGCAGCGAGGAGUCUGAUGUUGGAGCCAAGGAGCUGUUGCUUCCUUGACUCUGUCAUCAGACUCUUUGCUGCCUGGUAAACUAAUGUUAGGAUUGCAAAUAAGAAUCUCUGCACAUGAGUGUCUGUUAACCAGGACCACAAGCAAGACUAGCUGGUGGCUUCUGAGGCAGGUGAGAGCUUUUAAGUCCACCUGAAGCCAAAGAGUGGCUUCUGUCAUGGCUAACGAGUGCAGCUCAAGUGUAGCACACUAAGUUGAUUUUGAUGGUAAAACUUGCAUCAAAAUGUUUAUUUGCUAUUUUAUUAUGAUAAAAAUAUUUUCAUACUAAAAAAAACCCAACCAACCAUGUUUAAUCUGUCUGUAAACGUCACCAGUUUUUCCUCUUGGCUUCUGGCUGGGCUGUGUCUCGGAGAAGCUGCUGUCCCUUCCUGGGGCUAGUUUCCGGUUAAUCGUAAGACCUCAUCAAUCUAUGCAUUACGAUGUAAGGUGCCAAAAAGCCUUGCAGUGCAAUCCUUGGCAUGUUUACUCAAAGUCAGUCCCAUUUAUCUCAGUAAGCCUUGCUCCCUCAGUGAGUGUGCAUAGGGUUGGGUUUCAAAUUAGCAAUCGGUUGAAAUGUCUGCUGUCAAAACCAUCUUGGGAAGGUUUUCCCUUAUCCUGCUGUACAGAUGAAUGGAUCCCUGAUCGAGGGGGGAACUGGCAAAAGUGCCGAUAGAGAUCAUGAUUGUUUACAAAUCAGGCAGGAAUGCAUCAAAGGGAAUCUCCUGUUUGGUUGGGCCUCUUGGGGGGCCCCCGACCAUUAUUUUUUUGUAAAGGGACAGAAAGCGUUCGCUGUGCCAUUUCAUGUGCCUGCAAUAACUUUUUGUAUUGUAUAAUGAACAUUCUGGAACUGGGUUGGCUGUCCUGUGUGUGUAGUGAUUUACUCUGAUGUCUCUAGCAGAACGCGAAACUUGACUGCUCUCUUCCCUUGUGGGACCAGUAGAAGCGUUCUGGGGAGCUGUAAAUGUUCCUCUUGACCUAGUUUGGGUUGUUAUAAAUGCAAACAUAUCCGGACCCAUUUUUUGCAGAGGGGGAAAAAAAGGUGGCCUUGUACUUAAAAGACAGUCUUCACUGUGCAAACAUUUUUACAUAAUGGAAGUAUCAUUUGAAUUUCAGGCAAUAAUGUGUUAUGCUUUAAGCCUUAUUGUGGGGAUCAUCAUAGCUUGUUUUUAUUUUAUUUUGUGCUACAGAAUUAACAGUAUUAAAUAUAUUCUUAGAACACACACAGUGUCUUUUGUUAAAAUUAAUGCCUUUUUUGUUUUCUUAGUUUACUUCACUGGAGGUCCCACACCCAGCCAUUGCCCAGUUUGCGUACUCUCAAUAAAACAUGCAUCCAACUUGC